AUAUUAAGCAUCGAUACGCAUUCGAUUCAGGCGGCCUUUUUCAAUUUCACAGGUGAACAUAUACUUGUCACUGGAAGAGUUGCGAAUAAUCACAAUGCUAACGUUGUUAAACAUGUCUCCAUAGAAUUACGGCAGAAGGUCCAUUACAUCAGCGGAGAAGCGAAACGAACCGAUUCACGGCUCAUUACACGUCUUAUAUGUGGAUCAGUGGCUCCAGGAAAUACUCUUGCUCUUCAUCAUUCUGUUCAAGUUCCCCACGACUGUUAUCCUUCUUUGGAGAGACAUGCAAUAAAUAUAAAGGUCUUUUAUGAACUACUGCUAACGUCAGUAGGAAAUUUCGUUGUUGAAACACCGAUUGUAAUUGGAACUCGUACUGGAUUGUCGUCACCGAUAAGUAUCACAUCGUCCGAUAAGGAUGGCAGCUAUUACUGUGCUUCAUCUUCUGAGCGCGGAAAGAGCAACGAUGGGCCUCCGCCAUACAGCACUCAGCCACAGGACCGACCAAUGUGUAUACCGAUUCAUUUGUUAAAAACGCCACAUCGUCCCUUCACAGCCGCAUACAGUAUGCUGCCGAUGUUUGCUCCUCCUCAUUACAAAGAGGAGCCAAGAUUCCUUAAAAUCGAAGAGAUCGUCGAUUAA